AUGGAGCUCUUCCUCCAUUACUCCCUCAUCCCAUCACUCUUCAUCAUUUUGGUUUUGUCCUUUCUCCAAAGACAAGAGCGUCAUAGGCAAAGAGAGGACACCUCUUUCCUCCUGGGGACCCACUUUGAAAUCAUCAUGCCACUGGACUUCGUGGGGACUUUCAGUAACCGAUGGUCCUAUGGAGUUGCUUUUGGGGCCACAGCCAAUAAGGUCAUGUUCUUGUUCUCAGAAGGCUACCAGCCCCUGCAGGUCCCGCAGUGGGCCCAAGCCUUUCUGCUUCUGAUUGGAGGCUUUGAAGUUGGCCUGUCAUACUUCCCCUUCUUUGCCUGCCUCUCCUCCAAGUCCCAGCUGGCCAGCUCAGUCCUCGGCUUCAGCUACUCUCUGAUUUGGUUUACAGUCACUAUUCUUCAAAUCUCACAGUGUCCCCACGGACAGUUUCUGGGAAGGUAUGAGACCCUCGUGUUCUACUGGCCCUCAUUGCUGUGCCUGGCUUUCCUGCUGGGCCGCUUCCUGCACAUGUUCAUCAAGGCUCUGAGGGUCCACCUGGGCUUGGAGCCCUCGAUGGAAGAAAGGCCAAUGCUGGAAGUCCACCAGGCAGAACACGUCAAACAGCUGCUGCGGAAGGCCCGUCUGCAAGAAAAUAAAGGCUCCUGGUUCCAAACCUGGGUGUAUGAAUGGGAUCCCUGCUUCCAGUUCCCAAGCAGAAUGAUAGGAACCAUUGUGCUGGCUUUCAUAUGCCUGUACCUUUUCAUUGUCAUUGAGUUCUGCAUGUUUGUGUAUGUGAGAGACAAGUUGGAUAUGUUCGAAGGGAAGCUGGAGAGCUACCUCACCUAUAUGAACGAGACAGGGACACUGACCCCAGUUAUUCUACAAGUCCAAGAGCUGAUCAGUGUCACCAAAGGAGUCUGGGUGGUGACCAUUCUUCCUGCCUCCCUCACGUGUGUGAGCUAUCUGUUCCACAUCCUGGCCUGUUACAGAAAGCACAUAAAGAGGCUGUGGGCAGGAGACAAACAGUUUCUCCCUCCGAGGUUCCACAAUCCUUCCUCAGCAGCAAGUGUGGUGGCCAUUGCAAGAUACUCUGGCUGGCAGAUAGCCUAUAUUCUGUGGGGAUACCUCAUCAUCCAUGUGGUGCAGAGCCUGUGUGGCAUGAUGAUCGUGUAUGGCCUGGUGCUGCCUGUCAUCCACAACCAGGGCCUGGAGCUGCUCCAAGGGCUGGGGCUUGGAUUCCUCACUCUAUCCAUCGUUGUGGGCCUCAUGAUCCUUCAGGGUUGGAUCGCCGCCAGCUUCUUCCUGCAGCCCAAGCUGGGCACAGCUGACAAGCAGAAACCCUUGGCUCUCAACAACAGGAAAGCCUUCCACAACUUCAACUACUUCUUGUUCUUCUACAAUGUGCUGCUGGGAGUGGGUGCCUGCCUCUCUAGGCUGCUUGUCAGCUGCCUCUUGGGCUCCUGGCUGGUUGCACGCAUUGACAGGACCAUCAUGCAGAGUGGUUAUGAGGGCGCAGACAUGGGGUUCAGUGCGUGGAUCGGCAUGCUCUAUGUGGAUCAUUACCACACCAAUCCUGUGCUGGUCAGCUUUUGCCAUAUUCUCAUCACUGGCCACAGGGAGAGGAAGCUGCAGAAGUCUAUCAAAUACUGGUACCUAAACCAAUCAGCAGGUCCCCGCAUCUCAGCAAGGUCCAGGAUGAGGUGGCUCCUGCUGAAGACCUUGAUCAACAAUCCCAGGCUUAUCAUGCUCAGAAAAUCAAAAUCAGAUCAUGGUUCCCAUGAGUUCACCCAAAUUCUACUAACGUGCUCAGAUUGUUGA